AUGAGCUCCGACAGCUUGCAGAUGCACGAGUUCCAGCCGCACACAAAGCAACAGACAACCCCUUCGGCCUCGGAUCGCGGCAUAGCCUUCAAAACUAGAUCCCCUUCAGCGUGCAGAGAAUGUCGGAGGCGAAAACAAAAGUGUUCACUGACACAUCCUUGUUCAAACUGCGCUCGACGCUUCCCACAGCCUGUUUGCGAGUACGGUGCGAGCAAAAUAAAAAGACCGAGAUGGGCAUCUCCACCAAGGAGAGAACAUUCCACACAAGCAGGCGGCGGUGGGCUCUAUUCUCACCUUGACAUGGACUCUAUCCAUGACGCAAUCAUCGAAGUUGAGGGCAAGGUGGACUUGGGGGUUGCCGUUGACGACGUGUCCGGUAUACACACGCAUGUCCUGCCAAAAACAUUUCGACUUACUCAUCGCAAACGGCCAGUGUAUUCAAUGGAGGAUGAACCGUGGGCAGGGGACAAACCGUUCGUGAUGAGGUUUCGCGACAAAACAGGAUUGUUGAAGCAACAGACUCUCAUCGAACUGGUUCAGUUCAUCUUGCAAACACGGUUAAGAGUGGCCAACCGUAUCGUACAAGACGAGUGGGAAAUUGAUGGCAUGCAAUUAAUUCGAGCCCUCCACGCACGAAAUCAACCAAGCCAUGACAUAUCCAGUUUCGACGACCAGAUUCAACGGCUUCCCAUGGCGCCAACCAGAAUGAAUAAAGAACUAGUCCGCACUCACUUGCAACUACUCAGCCGGUUCAAAGUCUCGCUUGAUGGCCGACCACAACCCAACAACAGAUUCAUGAAACAUUGGAUACCAUUUUCAAUACAAGACCGGCUUGUCCUACAUGUCAUACUAUGCACCACGGCCAGUUUUCUCAACGAAACUGGGCUACUUCCAAAGACGCUUCUCCACAUCCACCGGGCUACAGUGACGAAAAUGCUCAACGAGUACAUCAGCUCGCCUACGUUAUGUACCGGCGAUUCGGCCAUCCUGGCCGUCACCCAACUGAUACUGACCUCGUGGUACUGGAGUAGCACAGAGGAACUACACGCUCAUAUGAGUGGGUUCCGGAAAAUGAUUCAGCUUAGGGGGGGUUGUCGGGAUCUAGGUAUGGAGGGCUGUACGAGCAAAAUCGCCCUGCUUAACGAUGCUGUCAUUGCCUUGUGUCACAACACAGAUCCAGUAAUAUUCGGUCAACCGGGAUUCGAAUAUGACGACCCUUUCCACGCCCCCCUGCAGGUCAAUUUCAACUCUCCUUUGCUCUUCAAUUGUCCACCCUUUCUGAUUCCCUCGUCGUCCUUGCGGCUACACAAGCGCACUGCCGAGAUACUGGAUGGUACGCGCGUUCUGAUGCAAGCUGUCUAUGAUUUACCAGAGGACGCAGGAAUCGCAAAAGUCCACGAAGUAAGCAGCCUGGCAGCCUCGCUGCUUUCAUUCCUUAACCAACUGCCUGACCAAGUGCUCCUGGAGUCGAAUGGCGACCGCGAUAAUGCCCCAGUUUUCACGGGACAGAAGAGAAAGCGGGUAGGAGGUGAAGACACGAUUGUGUCAUCUAAAAAAUCUCACGGAGCAAGUUUGGUUACCACGAGGUCCUCAACUGAAGAUCCGCCCGACAUGGUGUAUGUGACGGUGCGCUUGACGGCCGUCGUCUGGGCAAGGGCUAUUCUUGAAAGACUCCCCACAAAGGACGUAUGUACCGAGGCAGAGUUUAUCAGGAUCUGGAGCAUGGCGUGGGCUGCAGGUUUGGACAAAUGGUCCUCCCUCAGCGGCAUAUACGCCUGGAUGACGAUUGCGAUUGGGCCUCUUUGUCACACAACCAUCCACGCCAGAAUGGUCAAGACGCUGACGGUUACGACGUUCACCUACAUGGGCACGGAGAAUUGGCAUGUUGCCUCGGAAAUUGCAACAGUGGCGUUGAAAAUCCAGGCUUGGCUUCGAGCUGGUAAGGAGAGCAAACCCCAAGGCGCCUUGAGUGGUGCCUUUGGAGGGGAGAAGGGCAUUGAGACGUUUGGUUUCGCAUUCAAGGAGAAUACGAUGGACUUGCCGGACCAUCGAUAUGAAAGCCAGCCACAUGAAGAAGAAGACGACGACGACGACGAUGAACAAUCCGCUUGGGCUUCUUGA